AUGAAUCUCUCUAAUCAAGCAGCUCCAGUUGGGCCUGCUGUUUAUUUCUCCGAGUUCAAUGCUCUUGACCUAGAACUUUGGGAAAUCGGUGUCUUGUCUUUACUUCUUACUAUUGCCAGCGCCUACUACAUUUCCUCCAGCAAUAGGAAAAAUUCUCUAGGCAAAUGUGUAGACAGUUUCGACGGGCAAGUUGACUUCAUUGGCAGAAAGGAUAUUGCCAACCACUCGGAGCAAUCUUCUUUAGACUGCAUAGUGCUCUACGGAUCGCAGACCGGGACGGCAGAGGGAUUCGCGUACCAGCUAGUCAAUGAAGCCCAGACAAAAUUUGGGCUACAUCGCAUGGCGGCCAGUCUUGAAGAUUACCAGUUCAGCUCAUUGAACUCGGUUUCCAGAGAAAGACUCCUGGUCUUCAUCCUUGCUAGCUUCGGCGAAGGGGAGCCGACAGAUAAUGCAGUCGAUUUCCUCAACUUCAUUACCGACAAAAACGUGUCUUUGUCUGGACUAGAGCAUACGAAGAGACCACUCAAGAACCUCCGAUAUGCCUCGUUCGGCCUUGGUAACAACACGUACCAAUAUUUCAAUCGAGUAGCACGAGAUGCUGAUCGUGCCCUUCAGGCCUUGGGGGCCAUACGACUCGGUCCCGCGGGCGAAGGUGAUGAUGGCGCCGGUACCAUGGAUGAAGAAUUUCUCUCCUGGAAGGAAUUGAUGUGGUCGGCUUGCAAGGGCCAGAUGGGGUUCAGUGAGCAUCAAGCCACGUACAAGCCCAUGUUUCCAAUGGUCGAGUGCGAUCUCAGCGCAGCCUCACCCGAAGUCUACCGCGGAGAGCCAAAUGAGCUCCAUCUUCAAGGCCAGCCGGAUCUUUGCCAAAUCCACGCCCGGAAUCCCUUCAUUGCUCCCGCUGUCCAGUCUCGUGAGCUCUUCUCCAACACGGAGCGGAACUGUCUGCACAUCGAAAUCGACAUUUCGGGGACCCAACUAUCCUACCAAACAGGUGAUCACGUUGCUGUAUGGGUAUCGAAUCCUAACCAAGAAAUUGAUCGUUUUCUUCGUAUUCUUGGUUUGGACUCCAAGAGGCACAUGGUUGUUCACAUGGGAUCCGGCGCCUUGACGAGCAAGCUCCCGUUCCCAUCCCCCACCACAUUCGACACCAUUGCGCGCCACUACCUUGAGAUCUGCGGUCCCGUCACUCGUCAGCUUGUAGCUAGCAUUGCUCCCUUUGCACCAGAUGCCAAUCUCAAGGCAGAGAUGACAAAGUUGGGUAAUGACAAGGACUAUUUCCAUGCCCAGACCGAAGGUCGGCUCUAUAACAUAGCUCAGCUUCUGGAAGUUGUCAGCGCGGGACGACAAUGGGGGAUGAUCCCCUUUUCCAUCUUUGUCGAGGGAAUGGCCAAACUCAGGCCUCGCUACUAUUCCAUCUCUUCCUCCUCGCUCGUCUCUCCAAACGUAAUUUCCAUCGCAGCUAUGGUGGAAAACAAGGAAAUUCCAGUAGCUCGUUCUGAUGGGCAAAGAUUUCUUGGGGUGGAGACCAAUUACUUGUUGGCUUUGACGAGCCGGCAGCAGAAGCAAUUGAUUGAACCUUCGCGGCAGGGCGACGAUGCAGCGGCUUACCAACUCAUAAAGCCUCAAGGAAGAUACAACAGCACUCGUCUGCCCAUCCAUAUCCGCCACUCAAACUUCAAACUUCCAGAGGAUCCCCAAAGACCGAUUAUCAUGGUGGGCCCAGGAACCGGUCUCGCGCCCUUCCGAGGGUUUCUCCAAGAACUGCCGAGCAGAUGA